AUGCUCGUCCUUGCGUUGCUUACUUGUACUACGUUGUUUAUAUCGUCGACGUCUGCGGCAUCUACAGGCCGUAUCUUGCACUUUUCGGACGUCCAUUUGAAUAUUUCGGAACCGGUCUCCUCUAUCGACAAGACCCGUCUUCCCAUCCGUUAUUUUGCCGACGCACCAUUGACACUUCUCGAGUCUGCGCUGGCUUACGCUAAAGAACACGUGGUGGACAUUCCGGACAUUUUCCUGUACACGGGGGACCACACGGCACAUGGAGACUUUACUGAUGACUACAUUGCAAAAGCCGUGCAGAAAAAUGUCCGUAUGAUGGAGAGUUAUUAUCCCCCAAAGGACAGGAUGAUGCUGGAGGCUACAGCCAUUAUUGGCAAUGCUGAUGGAAACCCGGACUAUCACAUGGAGGUGACGGACCCAGAGACUGAGACAAACCCAUCCAUUAAACUCAUCUCGGAGGUGUGGGAGGAUUCACUCUCGGCUGUAAACAUCGAUAUGCUAAAUCGACGUGGAUAUCUGAGCUAUGCACUCGAUGACAAGCUACACGUGAUCACGCUCAAUACUGUGCCAUACUCGCCGAGUCAUUCGCCAGACACGUCAAACCAGCCGGAUCCAUUUGGACAAUUUGCCUGGCUGGACAAGACGCUUGCUGGGCUGCAGAAUGCUGGCAAGUUUGCAUACAUUGCUGGUCACAUUGCUCCGAUCGUGGGCUCAUACGGGGGUAAUUUACAGUGGCACACGAAGUACAUUGUCAAGUACAAGAGUGUUGUUGGCAAGUAUGCCGAUGUCAUCAAGGCCCAAUUCUUCGGUCAUAUCCAUAGUGUCGAGUUUCGUGUACCUGUGAUGUCGCUCGAUGAGGCUGUCAGCGAGGACGACACCUUUGAGCUGCCGCCGAUGUACAUUACGGGCUCUAUCUCGCCGAUUUUUGGCAACAACCCAUCCUUCAUGGUAUGGGAAUACGAUACGGAGACGUACAAGGUGUUAGACUACGCCGUGUACGGAUCUGACAUCGGGGAAAGCGAACCUCAGCUCGACUGGAAGCUGCUGUUUAAGGCGAGCGAGGAUUACGGUCUAAAGUCUUUAUCUCUGAUGGAGCUUUCGGCCUUCGUCCAACGUGCAGAACGAAAUUUCAGUUUGGUGGAGAAAUACUACUGGAACAUGAAGGCACGUUCGCCCAAUGCUCGACCUUGCAAGGACGCAGUCUGUCUUUCAAAGACAUUGUGCACGCUCAAGUGGUGGAACACUAAGGACGAGUUUCUGGUCUGCAUAGACACGGCCCAAACGCUGAUCGCUGGUCUUGUGGAUGGCAACGAUGCAACUGAGAUUUCUAUGUCGACUGCUGACGUAGCAGCAGCUUCCUCCAGCACCUUGCAGAGCAAUUUCGCACUCAAAGACGUGCUGCUCACGAUCGGAACGACAGCACUAGCAACCGUCGUUGCAAUAGCAUGCGUUGUAUUGACCAUUUACGGACUGAGACGUAGUGGAAUCCUCGAAAAUCGCGGGGCGUACGAUACCGUGACUAGACUCGAGAGAUAA